ACACAGUCCGCUGCGAAUCUCUGCUAGUGGCGUUUCCGUGGGAACAUUACGUAGCGGCUUCAUUCCACCCUGUAACCGGCUGCUUGGGAUUGUGUAUCGAAACUGGAAAGCACCUAAACCAUGACGCUGGUGACGGGCAGUUGGCUGCUGGACGCAGUCUUGCUGUUGGUACCCCUGCUGUACUGGUACAUGACGCGGAACUUCGGCUAUUGGAAAAAGCUGGGAAUCCCUUACUGGAAGCCCACUCCCUUCGUAGGCAACGUAGGCAGCGUGGUGCUCGGCCAGAAGCACAUGGGCGAGCCAGUGCUGGAGUGCUACCACAUGGCUGGUGACGCCCGCUUCAUGGGCAUGUUCGCCUUCGACCAACCGCUGCUGAUGGUGAAGGACCCAGUGCUUGUGGGGCGCAUCAUGUCCACAGACUUCUCCACCUUCUACGCCACCAACGCGAAAAUCGAUCCCGUUGCCGACCCGGUCAUUGGCAUGUCGCUUUUUGGCCAACACGGUCCUGGAUGGAAGAAAUUACGUACUGUUCUAAGUCCAGCUUUCACUUCUGGCAAAAUCAAGCUCAUGUUUCAUCUCGUAAAUGAAGUGGGACAGAACCUGACUCGCCUUCUUGAAACCGAAGCCUCUAAAGGCAGCUCAGUCGAGCUGAAGGACGUCAUGGGGCGAUACACGACGGACGUGGUCUGCUCCAUCUUCAUGGGCGUCAACGCUGGCUCUCUGGAGGACCCCAACUCCCAGCUUCGAGUAAAUUUACGGGAUAUCCUCAGAGAGAAUCUGGUGGGACGGAUCCUAACGACAUUACUUUUUUUCGCUCCUAAGCUGAUGUCCUUCCUCCAUAUCCGGGCUGGCAGCAAGAAAACAGAGGACUACUUUGUGCAGAACACAGGAAAGCUCAUCGAGCAUCGGAAAGAACACGGCAUCGUACGGAACGAUGUGGUUGAUCUGCUCUUGAAAAUCAAGGAAGACAGACUUUCUGAUGACGAGGACUCUCAGGAAGAUAUUGCAAACGAGAAAGCGAAGGCAGGAGACAAAAAACUCAAACUUACGAACGAGCUCAUCGCAGGCCAGCUGAUGUCUUUCCUCAACGCCGGGUUCGACACUUCGUCCUCGACUAUGUCCUUCUGUCUGUACGAGCUGGCGCGGAACGCAGAGCUGCAGGAAGAGGUACGCCAGCACGUGCGGCAGGUGCUGAAGAGGCACGGCGGUCAGCACACAUACGAAGCCCUCAACGAAAUGACGGACCUCACCAACGUCGUCAAUGAGGCGCUGCGGAUGUAUCCACCUGUCAACUUCCAUGACCGCGAGGCGUCCAGGGACUACAAGAUCCCGGGUACUGACAUCGUCCUUCCCAAGGGGACCGGUGUCGUCUUCUCGGUCACUGGCCUGCAUAACGACCCACGGUACUGGAAGGAACCCCACAGGUUCAUGCCGGAUCGCUUCAGAGAAGAAAACUCCAAGGACAGGCCGAGCUACACUUUCUUGCCGUUCGGCGAGGGACCGAGGCUGUGUAUAGGCAUGAGGGUGGCAUACCUGCAGAUAAAACUCGGCCUCGUCCACAUCCUCAACAACUUCGAGGUGCUUCCAGCGCCAGACACGCCUAGCAGUCUGCGGUACGAGCCUUCCAAGUUCAUUGGAACUCCAGCUGGGAAAGUGGCUCUGCGUUUCAGGAAAAUCCCCGCACCUUGAGGAUCCUCCAAUGUGUGCAGGCCAACAGUCGCCACACCGUUCACCAUUAACAGACAGGAACGGCAGCAACUGCGCAGACUGAUAUGACUUUACGAUGGCAGUUACUUGUGUUUCGAUCUGUACGAGCUACCCUUCUGUACGUGUAGUACAGUAAUACGAAUACCGUGUUGUUUUUAUGUUGUUUAUUAUAUAUCAAUAAAUUAUACAAUAAAAUUUUGUAAUAAACAAUUUUGUUUUAUA